AUGGCCUUAAACAAGAUGAAGGACAUGAAAAUUUCCGAAAAGGAACGCCUAUCUAUGGACUAUGUGAAGGGGAUUCUUCAACCCACACCCACCUGUGAAAUCUGGGAUCAGAUAUGGAAUUUCCAAGCCAAGCCUGAUGAUUUACUUAUUUCUACCUAUCCUAAAGCAGGAACAACAUGGACUCAGGAGAUAGUGGACUUAAUACAAAAUAAAGGUGAUGUCGAGAAAAGUAAAAGAGCACCUACCCACAUACGAAUUCCCUUCAUCGAAUGGGUAAUACCAGGAAUAGGAUGUGGUUUGGAACAAGCUAAUGCAAUGCCCUCACCACGGACUCUGAAAACUCAUCUUCCCUUUGACCUGCUGCCUCCAUCGUUGCUAGAGAAAAACUGUAAGAUUAUCUAUGUAGCACGAAACCCCAAGGACAAUAUGGUAUCAUAUUACCAUUUCCAAAGAAUGAAUAAAGGACUUCCUGAUCCAGGAACUUGGGAAGAGUAUUUUGAGACUUUUCUGGCUGGGAAAGUGUGUUGGGGUUCAUGGUAUGACCAUGUGAAAGGAUGGUGGGAAGCCAAAGAUCAACAUCAAAUUCUCUACCUUUUCUAUGAGGAUAUGAAGAAGGACCCAAAGAAGGAAAUUCAGAAGUUAGUAGAAUUUAUUGGAAGCAAACUUGAUGAUGAAACUCUCAAUAAAAUUAUACAUCACACUUCAUUUGAUGUAAUGAAGGAGAAUCCAAUGGCAAACUAUUCAUCCGUUCCAGCAGAAUUUAUGGACCACUCCAUUUCUCCAUUCAUGAGAAAAGGGGCAGUGGGAGAUUGGAAGAACUACUUCACUGUAGCUCAGAAUGAAAGAUUUGAUGAAGAUUACAAGAAAAACAUGGCCAAUACCAGUCUAGUUUUCCAAUUCUAG